CACACUGCUGCAGCCUUUAAAAAGUACAUUAAAAAAGAGGUUUAGCACUGGACAUUAAUGCCAUAUUUUUUUUCCUCCGAGGCAGUAAUCUGCGAAGUAACGAAUUAUCUUGUUGCCCGUCGCGGAUUUACAAAUAUUAUAGCGUUAUGGGAUACCUUGGGAUGUAACAGAAUGACUUCUUACACUCUAAAGAUGAGUUUACCUGUUUUAUAAUUCUGCAAGAGGUUAAAAGAUGUCUCUUUAAACUCAUCUAUUUUCUAACUUCGCUAUUAAUAUAGUAGUAUUUCAGAAAUCAAUGCUAGAAUUAUAUAAGUAGCGCUCUCGCGUAAAAUCUGAUCCACGCAAAUGCUAUUGCAAGCUCCAACGCGGAGCUGGUCGCUGUCCCUUGCUCUUGUGGUGCUGAAAUUUGGAUGAUGCCUGGUCAGCGACUGCCAGGCUGCCGCUCCCUUCACAUAAACGAGGACAACGGCCGCUUUUUGCUCCUUGCCAUCUUGAUCUUGGUGUAUCUUUUGUGUGGUGCUGCAGUCUUUUCCGCCAUCGAGAGGCCGUCAGAGCUGCAAGCCCAUGUACGCUGGAACCGGACUUUGUACAACUUUAGCGAUAGGUUCAAUAUCACUUUACAGGAUCUGAACUCUUUUCUGCGGGAAUAUGAAACUGCUGUUGCUGCGGGAAUUAGAGCAGACUCUCUUAGACCAAGAUGGGAUUUUACAGGGGCAUUCUACUUUGUUGGAACAGUCGUAUCAACUAUUGGCUUUGGAAUGACGACCCCAGUGACAGUAGCUGGCAAAGUGUUCCUGAUCUUUUAUGGCCUCCUUGGCUGUGCAGGCACCAUUCUCUUCUUCAACCUCUUCCUGGAGCGCAUCAUCACCCUGCUAGCCGUGGUGAUGAAAGCCUUUCGGCUGCGUCGCCUUCGCACCAGUGGCUUCCUCCCACCGGGGAUCUGUCGAGAUUUUGCAGCCAGCAGCCUGCCUGGCUGGAAGCCGUCUGUCUACCAUGUGAUGCUGAUCUUGGGCCUGUCUGCCAUUGUCAUCUCCUGCUGCGCAUCGGCCAUGUAUAGCCCCGUCGAAGGUUGGGCCUAUCUUGACUCCCUCUACUUCUGUUUCGUCACCUUCAGCACCAUUGGAUUUGGGGACCUGGUGAGCAGUCAGGGUGAGUCCUACCAGCACCAGAGCCUGUACCGACUAGCCAACUUCCUCUUCAUCCUGACUGGAGUAUGUUGCAUCUACUCACUGUUUAACGUGAUCUCCAUCGUCAUUAAGCAGGUGCUAAACUGGAUGCUGGGCAAGAUGAAUUGCCUGUGCUGCCAGCGGUGCAACAAGACCAAUGCGUUCUUGGGGCGGCGCAAUGCAAUCCGGCCUGGGUCACGCCUCAGACAGGGCCGCUUUGGCCAGCCACUAGACUCAGAGAGACCUUGCGACAGUGACACGGAUGGAAGGAGGCUCUCUGGCGAGAUGAUCUCCAUGCGAGACCUGACAGGCUCAAAUAAGAUAUCGCUGGCCAUCAUGCAGAAGCAGCUCUCAGAGUCGGCAAAUGGUUACCCUCUGACAGUUUGUGGAAGCUCAAGGCACAAUGGAUUCUCUGGUGGAGUUGGAGCCCUAGGCAUUAUGAACAACAGACUGGCAGAGACUAGUGACUCCAGGUAGAGCCAUCUUGUGGAUCAACAAAAAAGUAUACUUGUCUAAUAAUUCUUUAGUUUGCAGGGAAGCUUUUCUAGACAACUUUCGAAGUAUACACACAGAGAUUAUAUUUGACUUUGUCUGUGUUUUGACUUUGCCUUGUAUAAGAGGACCAGUGGCACAGCAUGAUAUGCAUGAUGCUUUUCUGAUAUCUUUUUGAGCCAAGGUUUAUACUGAGGUGAUGGUAGUUCAUUGGUCAGGGAUUUGUCUCAGCUAUGUAUAGCACUGAGCAAGUCAUCCCAAUAAUUUUUCAGUUGGUUAUCAAAGAUUAGUUUUGAAAAAUCAUCAGCAUAUUGGUAUUCUGUUAAGACUGGGAUCACUGGAUGAUGACCUGCUUAAGCCUAUAUGUUUCCAAGAAUUAUACAAGGACUCUGAAAUGAAUAAAGUAUAUAUUUGGAUAUAUCCAGGGCAUUCCACCUUUCCUCUGCUCUAGUGUGUAAAAUAUAUGGAAUGGGUUCCUGAGUUACAUUGAUAAUACCCAAACAAAGACAUUAGUCUUAGACACAAGCACUGUUCAGUAGGCAAACCAUGCCUGAGCUAGAGCUGAUGUGAUGAACAGCCUCAUCUCUCCGAAAUGUUGAUAAAGGUAGCAUUAUUGUCAACUCAGAAUACAUUGCACAUAUCUGUAUUUACAGCAAUGCAUCACUGGUCUCUUUCUCAUUAGAGUAUUGAUUUUUUUUCAUUGCAAAUUGCCUUGAGGAGAAAGAAGAAAGUAAAUGAUGUAAUUAUUAAUGCAGAACAUGCACAUUAGAAUGUUAACUAUACACAUUAUACAGUAUAGUAGUAUAUCGGAUUAAACAUUCUUGGCAUGACAGCAACAAUGUUUAAGAUACUUAAGGUUUAGAUUUAUAUACUGAAGACUGCAGAGGUUUUAUGCUGAAGAUUCCAUGCUUACAAAAUGCUGUCAAAGGAUUUAAAAAAAACUUACAACAUAUGUUUCUUUAUAUGGAAGUACUAUGUAACUUAUGUGCUACUGAAUUGUCUGGACUAGAAAUGUUAUGUUUUGAAACUGUUGACUUUGUGGACAAAGGUUGCAAAGCAAAGGUUUUUCUGCAUCCUUCCUAUAGAGAGUGGCUGUUUCCAAAGCAGAGUCAGGUGUGCAUUCUUGAGCAUAAAAAUGACCCCUGUCUGCUAUAUAGCAUUUUUUAAUGCCUGGAAUUGAUACAGCUUUCCAGUUUGAGAGUUUUGGGUUAAACCCAAGGUUAAACUCUCUUACUGCUGAGAUAAGCAGUUGAAAACCUAUGUAAUCUUGGGAGUCUUUAAUGAGGAUCAGUCAUAUUCAUCUCUUUUGGUACUAUGUGCAAAAAGACCCCAGAAUAAAGAGAAACCCUCAAUAUUUGUACUAAAAUGCAUUUACUUCUUGAAAUCCAUGUAGAAUCAACAGGAAUCUCAGAUAAAAUAUUUGUUACUUUUAACAUUGCUUCAUAGAAAAA